AUGAUUAACAGAACGGACAUGCCGUGCAAAGCCCCCAGCGGUUCGGACGGCGAAUGCGUACGUAUCAAGAAUUGCCCAACCCUGAUGGGUUUGUACUCGCAGAGGACACGCACGAAAGAAGAGAAUGAGCGUCUGACACAGGCAUCGUGUGGAGCAGAUGGGUCCACUCCCAAGGUAUGCUGCGAACACUCAUGCUACACUCCCGAGGGACUCCUGGGCAAAUGUAUCGACAUUCAUGACUGUGAGCAUGUAGUUCAAAUGAUCAAACAACCACUUUCGAAAGAAGCAAUUUUUUACUUACAGUCGUCCAGAUGUAACGGCGCAACACAAUACAGCGUGUGCUGUGGACCUGUGGUCACUGGCUACGAUCAGAGCUAUUGUGAAAAGCAGGACUUCAUUCACCCCCCUCGUCCUAUGUCGGGGUGCUGCGGCAUUGAUAUCAACGAUGAUGAAAUGAUUGGCGGACAGAUAGCAAGAAAAGAGCAGUACCCAUGGAUAGUUCUAAUCGAAUACGAAGCUCGAGACUUGAAGAUAAACACAUUCUGCGGUGGAAGCCUCAUCAGCUCAAGAUACGUGCUGACGGCAGCCCAUUGUCUCAUCGGUUCUGUUUUGGAUGGCGGUACUCCAAAAAACAUCCGCCUGGGUGAAUACGACACUAGCAACGAAGGCAGAGACUGUACUGUGGACUUCGCCGAUGAUCUGGACUGCAACGAACCCACAGUCACUAUUCCUAUUGAAGAAACCAUAGUGCAUCCUCAAUACGAUCUGAUUACCAAGAGUAACGACAUAGGUCUUGUAAGGAUGAGGGAUAAUGCGCCUUUUACAGAUUUCAUCAGACCCAUCUGCUUGCCAACCAACGACGUGACUGAGGAACCUCCCCACCGCUUCAGGUUGGUCGCGGCUGGCUGGGGGGAGUAUAACGUGACAAUGAAGAGAAGUAAUCUGAAGUUGCAAGUCACGUUGCCAUUGGUCGAUCGGCAGACAUGUCAAAGAGCAUACUCCGUUAGAGGGAGACGUACGAACAUCACUAGAAAGCAGAUAUGCGCCGGCGGCGUGAAAGACAAGGACAUCUGCAUUGGGGACUCGGGGGGUCCUCUGAUGUACCAGAACGUUAAGAGAUACGAAUUAAUUGGUAUCGCGAGUUUUGGGACUAAGCCAUGCGGGACCAGAUCCGUUCCAGGCGUGUAUACUAAAGUAUUCAGAUACAUGGAAUGGAUAGUUAAUAAUAUUAAGCUGUAA